AGCAGUCAAGUCACCCCUCUUUUCCAUUCCCCCCUCUCACUGGUAGCACGUUCCCCAUGAUAUCGAAGCUCUUGGUGUCAGCCGCACUGGCAAUAGCCGGCUAUGGCCUUUGGAAACUCUCAGCGUUGGCCUACUACAUCCUCUUCUCCCCCCUGAACAAGCUUCGCGGACCAAAGAGCACGAGCUGGGUAUGGGGUAACCUGAAGGAUAUAAUUAAAGCGGACAACUCUGUCUUGCAUGAGCAAUGGGUGGAGGAGCAUGGCAAGACUUUAGCGUACAAGACGUGGUUUGGGACCCCUCGGCUCUUCACUACGGACAAGCGCGCACUUAAUCAUAUCCUCACGCAUAGCGCAGACUACCAGAAGCCCGAGCAGGUCCGAUACAGUCUAUCCCGCAUUCUUGGAGAAGGUGUUCUGUUCGUCGAAGGUGCUCAACACAAACAGCAAAGGCGAAUAAUGAAUCCAGCCUUUGGUCCCGGACAGAUACGCGCUCUUACCGAGACCUUCAACGUCAAGUCCCUUCAACUACGUGACAUUCUCCUGAAUGAGGCCGUCAAAGCCGCGAGCAACACUGGAGCGGAUGGCAAUCCAGCGUCGAUUGAUAUCACCGUUUGGCUCAGCCGUAUGACAUUGGACGUGAUCGGUCUUGCAGGCUUCAACUAUGACUUCGACGCACUGAAUGAGGAGGAUCGACCCAGCGAACUCAACACAGCCUUCAACACCAUGUUCCAGUCAUCGCAGCAAAUCACCCUAUUGGGCAUCCUCCAAGGGUGGCAUCCUAUCUUCCGGUAUAUCCCUUCUGAUCAAAGCCGCAAGAUCGCCAACGCGCAAAAGACGAUGGCUCGCAUCGGCCGCAAGCUCCUCAGCGACGCCAAAGCCGUCGUCCGCGCCGACGUCGAGAAGAACCGCAUCAGCGCCAGCAACGAAAAGACCAACGCCCAAGACACCGCCGGCAUCUCUAUCGAGAAAUCUUCGCUCAAAGGCCGCGACCUCCUCUCCCUCCUCGUCCGCGCCAACAUGGCGACUGACCUGCCCGACGCACAGCGCCUCUCGGACGAGGACGUGCUCGCGCAGGUCCCCACCUUCCUCGUCGCCGGGCACGAGACAACUUCGAACUCAGUUACGUGGGCGCUCUUCGCGCUCACGCAGGACGAGGAGGUGCAGCGCAAGCUGCGUGCGGAGCUGCGGGGGCUGGAGACGGAGAAUCCAACGAUGGAUCAACUGAACGCGCUGCCGUACCUCGAUGCGGUGGUCAGGGAGACGCUGCGGGUGCAUGCACCGGUGGCGAGCACGAUCAGGAUCGCGACGCGGGACGAUAUCAUUCCCGUUGAGGAGGGGUACGUGGAUCGGAAAGGCGUGAGACACGAUACAAUCAGAGUUCAGAAGGGCGACUCCAUGUUCAUCCCCAUCCUCGCUAUGAACAGGGCCAAGGAUAUCUGGGGCGAAGAUGCCCAUGAGUUCAGACCUGAGCGCUGGGAGUCUCCGCCUGAGGCUGCGCAGCAGAUCCCAGGUGUCUGGGCAAACCUUAUGACCUUCAUCGGUGGCCCCCGCGCGUGCAUCGGGUACCGCUUUUCCCUUGUAGAGAUGAAGGCCAUUCUAUUCGCACUCGUGCGCGCCUUUGAGUUCGACCUCGCCGUUCCGGGAGAAGACAUUGGCAAGCGCUCCGUUAUCGUCGCGCGCCCCUUCGUUAAGACCGAUCCGGGCCCGAAUCGGCAGUACCGCUUGCCGCUCAUCAUUCGGCCUCAUGUACCAGAGUAGAUCUCGAGGUGGUGCUCUUUAUGGCUGUGUCUUCCGUAGCAGGUACAGCUCAUCAUCAUUGUUGUUUAUUCAUAUUGGACUUUAUAAUCAAAUUGGAAGCCGGUCAUUGUCUUGAGUUUCGCCUCAACAUCAUUAGUUUGUCUUCGCAGAUUGUGUGCCACUUAGGGUACUACCCUCUCA